AGCUAUGUGGAGGAGAUAUGCAUCUAUGCAGCGUCAGAAAACGAAAGCGCCAUCAGUUUUUACUUUCCCUUUCUAGUGAACUGACAGUUAGAGGUUCACCGCAUUACUGUUGCGCAGAGUUUGCACGUUGCUUGUGUAAUAUCCAUGGGCUCGCCUUCCUGAUUUAAAGCAAAUAUUUAAAAUAUUGCAACGAACUAAUCCUCCAAACCCUGAGUUCGUGAUUGAGGGCGUCGGAUCUUCGCUAGGUCUCCGUCCGUUAGUUAAGCAGAGACUGCGACACUCACACAAAGGGUUUAAUCUGGGAGGUGACAGACUUGAAAAGCCUUUGAAAAACAGAUGUAAACAUGUGGAAUUAGGCUACUUCAGACACCUUGAGGAACUAAAUAUAUAAAUAAGUCUAAUAUGAGCCAUAAAUAACUAUAUUCAUGAGAAACAGUGAAAACACAAGUGGAAAUACCAACUUUUUGUGUAAUGGCUGCAGCAAACUUCAGAUGGCGUUCCUGAGCUCAGCAAAGCAGCAAGAAUGAGCUCUUGUUCUGGACCAGAAGAUGCCAGAGUUGUAAUUGUAGGUUCAGGUUUUGCAGGUUUGGCCGCUGCAGCCACGUUGGUGAAGGCAGGAUUUGAACAUGUCCUGGUUCUUGAGGCGAAGGAACGCAUUGGAGGUCGCGUGCACACCACCAAGCCCUUCACAGAGAACGUCAUUGAAGUUGGAGCGAACUGGAUCCACGGACAGAAAGGAAAUCCACUGUUCAAGAUUGCCAAAGAGGAGAACCUGCUAUCCGAGGGACCUUCUGCAUCCAAAAACAUGUGCCUGCCCCGUUCUGUAACCCCUCGAGAUUACUUUUUCAAAGAAGAUGGGAAGCAGGUCUCCAAAACGGCUGUGGAUCAGGUGUGUUUGCACUUCAGCAAGCUCACCGACAAAGCUUUUGAUGACGAACUUGAGCACAAACACAGGAAACUAACUCUUGGUGCUUAUCUGGAUGAUGCCUUUGGUGAAUUUUCUUUAGCAGCGACAGAAGAGGGCCAGCAAGUUUUUGAAUGGUGUAAGAGGACUGAAUGCACGGACGAGGCUUGCUCUAGCCUCUACGAGGUGUCUGCAUCUCAGAUUAGCUAUUACACUGCUUUAGAGGGAGGAUUUUUUAACACUUUGGGACCCGGGGGCUAUCGAGCCAUCUUAGAUGUUCUAAUGAAAGAUCUGCCUUCGGGAACUGUCCAGUGUAGUGCACCUGUCAAGAGCAUCCGAUGGGACUUGGUCAGAAAAGGCCAUUGUGAAAACCAAAGGUAUCCUGUUCAGGUGGUUUGUGAAAACGGACAGAGCUUUGAGGCAGACCAUGUGAUCGUCACCGUUUCUCUUGGGGUUCUCAAAGACAAAGCCACGACCAUGUUCGAGCCACCCUUACCGGAAAAAAAGCUGUCUGCAAUUCGGAAUCUUGGCUUUGGGAUAGUGGACAAAAUCUUCCUGUUUUUUGAGAAGAGUUUCUGGCCCGAUGACUGCGCCGGGGUUCAGAUGGUGUGGAAAGAGGGGCCCGAAGAUAAAGACGUUUAUGAGUCUCUGUCUGAAGGAGACACCUGGAAGAAGACGUGGUUUAAGAAGAUCACCGGUUUUGAUACAGUGGCCCGUCAUCCAACAGCUCUGUGUGGCUGGAUCACAGGGAGAGAAGCACUGUAUAUGGAGAAGCUUCCGGACAGUGAAAUAGGAGAUAUCUGUGUAAGGUUGCUCAGGUCUUUCACAGGCUGGUCAGUGCCAGAGGUCUCAAAGACGCUGAUCUCCAGAUGGGGCUCUGAUUCUGAUGUCCAGGGCUCCUACACAUUUAUUCCUGAUGGUGUGGAUGGAGUGAAAGCACACAAGGCAUUAGCAUCACCUCUUCCUCCUAAAGAUAAAUGCAGAGGGAGAAAGCACCUUCAGCUGUUGUUUGCUGGUGAAGCUACACAUGUGAACUUCUACACCACGACCCAUGGAGCGUAUCUCACAGGGGUCAGAGAAGGAGAAAGACUCAGAAGCUAUUACACUGAUUGAGCAUACAGUCUUUGGUUUCAUAAAGAUAACAUUUUAUGAAUGUGUAACAUUUUAUAGACCACCUCUCACACCCUACAGACUAAAACGACCUAUAGGUUGUUUUCAGCUGCCUGACAAACAUUAACUGUGAGUGUUUACAUCCAGCUGGUCACGGUAUCAUGCAUAUCUCUGUCCUGUUAAUUGUUAAAGAUGUCCGUGUUGUAUAAGUAGUACUGAAGAAUAAUGUUUUCUAAAAAUGAAAGACGAUUGACGAAAGUCAAUUAAUUAAAUGAAGUAAAAGGGUAGUUGUUACUCUGUGAUAUGCAUACAGUUCCCACAGCUACUAUGAAGCCUGACCCAUGACCGUUUAAAAUUGAUCAACAUAAAAUGUCAAGAACUUUUUAAUUUGUUUACAAUUGUAUGUAUUGAUAUAUUAAUAAUUAGAAUAAUAGAAAGUAAUCAAAACUAUGAAAUAACAUGUAUGGGGAUUACGUAAAGACCAAUGAAAAUGAAACAAAUUCAAGUUUUCUUAUAUUUGAGCUUUGUCAUAUCACAUGACUUGUUACGUGCAUUUAAUAGAUUGCACUUUAAAUAAACAUUUGCAACUGGUUUGUAAAA